UAUGGUUGGUCUUUAGACUUGAAUCUAUUUUCUAAUUCUUGAAUUACAGUUUAAAUAGUUAUUAGCAUAUAAUUAUCUGGAACAGAUAUAAAUUGACAGGCAUGGCUGAUUUGAAGCCGAAGUCACCGCGAAAGCAUCGAACACGUGGUCGUCAUCGCAAACGCCAAUCUCAAUCAAAAAACAUAAAACAUCCUCAGCCAAACAUAGCGUCUCACCCCGAGCCUGCAGAGCAACCCGCAAUCGUUCGGAAGCCUAAACCUCAGUUGAAUCCUGAUUACAUUCGAGAAGAGCAGGAAAUUAAAUCAUCUUUGGAGAAACUUAGAAUCAAUGACCGAACCGAUCCUCUAGAUAAUUAUGAUCGUGAAGUUCUUUUCUUCGUUGAUUCUUUACCAGAGGUGUAUUACGAUGCAAACGAGUAUCUCGAGGAUACCGGUAAUUCGGAGGGCGUUCCGCUUGAGAAAUCACCCUCAAUUCAAAGCGAUUCCAAUGUUCAGGAUUCUCCGACACACCUUGCUUCAUCGUACAUCCAACCGGAAGAGGAUCAAGUAAUAGAACCGUAUAAACUUGUGAAAAUCACUUUCGAUGAUGAAAGUUUGCUUUUCAUUCCAUCAAAGCAAUUGUCCGAUUUUAGAGCAAAGCUCGAGGAAGUGUCCAUUCACUCGGACCAAGAAAGUGCAAGUGCAGUAAGUAUACCGCUGAAGCCUAAUCUUGAUGAAGCCAAUAAAUGUCGAAUGAUAAACCGGCUGAUCGAAGAAGAACACGAAGAAUGGUUCGAUGCCAGUGGUGAUUUGGUCAACCUGCAAAACUUCAUAACCGACAAACGAAUGAAAGGGGUUUGUGGUAAGAAGUUCAUGCCAUAUUUUAUAGAACCAAUGCGAAUGUCCGAGACGGCAGAGCAGCUGCCCAUGGAGCGUACAGUGAAAAUCUUGAUCGGAAAACUACGAUUCGAGAAUCACCCUUCGUUCGAUGAAAUUAUUCGAUUGAGACUGAAACUGGAACAGUGCUACAAACAGUACUACACCAACAGGAAAUUGAAAGUGAUUCCCGUGUUGCAGCAAAAGUUGGACCACUUGCGGCAGUCGGGUGGGGAUGGUUCCCAUGCAGAAGAUGUGAGUUUCCAGAUUCAGCGUCGUGAAUUGCGGAAACUGAUCUACAAAGAAGCGAAAUGCGAAAGACUCUUAGAACAGCAGAUAGUCGAGAUUUGGAAAGAUUUGAAGGACAAAAAGUCUGAUCAAGGCUUCAACAUGACAAUCACUAACGAAGAAGUUGAUCAACAAGAAAACAACGACAACUGGAAUAAACGCUACGCAAUGGAACUUGAUGAAACACUCGAAGAAGAGCAAAACCUGUAUAUGAAAGAAAAGCAGGACUACAAAUCAUACCUACGUGACUUGGAACAGAGUACGGACAAAGUCGAAAUAUUGGGGGUUCAAAAACCUAAAAAACCUGACCAUGCUCGACUGAAACAUGAUUUCAAAAAAUCAUUCAACGAAUCUUUCCGAUCACCGGACGAACCACUGGUUAACAUAGUUAUGCACAAAGACCAAGAGAACGUUUUUGAGACUCAUGUCAAGAAAGAUUUGCGCUACAAGAUUAAAUUUUACAUCGAUGACAAACACGUGGCAUCCACAAAGUCAAGACAGUUCCAGAACAAUUUCCUCGUUGAUUUCAAUACGUCUUUUUCGAUAAAAUUGACGACAAAAAUCCCGGAAACUAUGAAAAUUGAGUUAUACGAAAAGAAUCGAUUGAAAAUCAAGUUGAAACUAGCAGAAAUAUUUAUUCCUUUGCCGAAUUCUAACGAACUGUUUGAAGAUAUCGAAUACGUGCAGUACGAAUUUUCCUCUGGAAAACUGUUCAAACCCAAUGAGUAUCGCAACGGAAAAAUUGACUUGAAAGUAGGUUGGCUGGAAUACGGUGGAUCUAAAUUUCCAAGUCCUUCCAAACGUAGAAAUGUGCCAAAGCGAAUUCAAUUAUCUCGAGAUUUGAUACACAAGUGGUUUGAUGAGCAGACACUCGAUCCCAACAGUUCGGAUGCGGAAAUUAUCAUGAAAGCACUUGAGAAGGAAGAACAAGAGCACGAUUCUGACGACGAGAAAGACGAUCUCUAUGAGAAAGAUGAACAAUUCAUUUUCAACGAAGACGUGUUGGCUUUUUGCUCCGAGGAGGAGAUCAACGGAAACGAGCGAUUGAAUAUGUUGAGCCAACGGUUUUACAGUAAUUUGAAGUACAAGAACAUAAAAUUUAUACCCCAACUGGAUCGGGAAGUGGAAAUCCCGGAUGAAACCAAAAUCAUUGACGAAACACUCGGUACGGAUCCUAUAGAUCUACAACGACAUCGCGGAAAAAAGUAUCUCAAAAAGGUUUACGAUACCAUAACCAAUCACUGCAGCGUAAUCAAUCAAGACAAAAUCGAUGACAAUUUGCUGAUCGGAGAUCAAAUGCCCACAUUUGGAACGUUAAGCUUGGCAUUUUUGGAAAUUUUCGGUCCCCGAAGACCGCUGAAACCUUCAAGGCGGUCUCCUAUGAGCAGAACCUCGAUACGCGUGUCGGAUGUUAACCAGUUUAAAAUAGUAGUAACGGUCGUGAGAGCAUUUGGAAUUCCCAGCAGAUCGGAAGAUCACCAGUUGUCGUCCGCCGGUCGACGCAAUAGCAAUCUAUCUUCGACAAAAUUUUCAUUUCGCGCAUCAAAUGUGCGACCUUACAUCACAAUAUCGAUCAAGGAUAAAAUUCUACGAACGUCUACUGCGGAUGGGACCAAUCCAACAUGGAACGAACAGCUGGCGAUUCCUCUCGAGGCCAACAGCGAUCAGAUUCGGAAAUACUUGAGCAUUGAUUUGUACGACGAGUUCAUGGAAGACCUCUUGGAAGACGAUCGCUCUAGACAAACGGAAGUCUAUCAAAGAAUCUCGAGUAGAUGGCUCGGUCAGUUGCGAAUUCCAAUAAGCACCAUCUAUCUGAACCAGCGAAUUGAAGGUACUUUCGAAAUCAAAACCCCACCGAUUCUAUUUGGAUACACACGUAGCAACAGUGAAUCUCCAGAAUACUCUUCCAUGAUAAUUGGGUCCAGUCUACCCGAUAUGCGAGAGUUGACACAUAUUUCCUUGUUCAUCAAUUUGGAGCCAAACGUGGAAAUUCCGACGAUCGAUACUAACGAGCUAGAAUGUGUAGAACUGGAACAGACCAAGGCCAGGAUUUAUCUUUGGUACGAGGAGUAUCGCGAGGAAUUUCCUUUGAGAGCCAAACUGCCGCUGGUUACUCUCCUUAGUGGCAAACGAGUAUGUAUCACAAGGCUGCUCGGUCCAAUCAAUAUACCUUUUGUGUUUGACGAAAAUGUGGAACGCAUGAUCAGGCGGUAUGUGUGCUUGAUUCCAGUUUAUUACAACACCGAUGCGUGUUCCCAGCUUGAGGGCAUUUGGUUGACAAAUAGAGAAAUGAUCAACAUUAUGUGCGCCUCUCCCAAAGAUCUGGGAGUACUACUAGCUUGUUUCUACAUCAUCCUUGAGUACGAUGCCUAUCUCAUUCUCGGGCACAGUCUUCUGACAGGGGACAGCACUUUCGUCUUACUACGCGAAGGAAACGACUAUUUCAUAGUCGAUCCAACUAGCGGCAAAAAGUACAAUAGUACCGAUACAUACUGUCCACUGAUCCGCAUCUACUACAUCGUCAAUCAAGACAACGUAUGGGGAAACAUACAGAAAGAAAAUCGAGUUUUCUUGACGCAGUUGGAUGUUAGCAAGUCGGCUUACUGGAGACCGCUGUUCGGUAGAGCAAUGGCAGCUCCGACUGGUUGUGUUCACGAUGGGAACUUUUUGUACAAGAACUCUCUAAACGUUCGCGACCUGCAGAAAACAAUUGAGCGCAAAAUUAUGAAGAAAAUUGCCUUCUGGCGAACGCAUCGAAAGACAAUUUGGAACAGAUACAUCAGUGAUCAACUCCGAUAUGCCCUGUCCAGCUUGGAAGUGGACCUAUGCAUGGAAGCAAACACAGAUCGACACAUAGACGUGUUCAACCAACUCUUUGCAUCGUACAGAAUCAACGGAUUUCCUAUCAACCUUCCAUACACCAAUCUGACGACAAUCAUAGCUCAAGUUAAAAGUACCGGAAUCCAUCUUAACUCGGAAAAUAAAGUAGAAUUCUCGCUGGGGGUUUAUAUAAAAGAAUAUCCGAGUAACAUCUUUUCGGUGUGGAUAUUUCUGGUUUCACUAAUUCCAAAAAUGUAGAAUAAGGCCGAUGUCAUCGCAAUAAACCUAACUUUCGAUAACGAUUAUAAUACACUGAUUAACAACUAACCUUUUAAUUCACCACACGCCACAAUAGCCACUUUCUGAUUAACUUUGCCGCUUUUAGAUCCACAUCGUUCC